GGACAGGGCGGAAGCAGCGAGGCGGCCUUCGGUCCUCACCGCGGCGCGGGGCUCGUCGGGAGCAGUUCCGUUUCCGGCGGUGGGGUCCCGCGUGAGCGGCUUGGGCCGUCCCUGCGGCCGCGCGCGUCCCACCCAGACCCAGAGGCAGCGGCGGAGCGGCCCCGGGGCCUGCCAUGGCCCUCAUCUGCUCAAUUUCUAAUGAGGUGCCUGAGCACCCGUGUGUGUCACCAGUCUCCAACCAUGUCUACGAGCGCAGGCUGAUCGAGAAGUACAUUGCAGAGAAUGGGACCGACCCUGUAAACAACCAGCCUCUUUCAGAGGAGCAGCUCAUAGAUAUCAAAGUUGCUCACCCGAUCCGGCCCAAGCCUCCAUCUGCUACUAGCAUACCAGCCAUCCUGAAAGCCCUCCAAGAUGAGUGGGAUGCUGUCAUGCUGCAUAGCUUCACCCUCCGUCAGCAGCUGCAGACUACACGCCAGGAGCUGUCCCAUGCACUCUACCAGCACGACGCUGCCUGCCGUGUCAUUGCUCGGCUCACGAAGGAGGUCACCGCAGCCCGAGAAGCCUUGGCAACUCUGAAACCCCAGGCUGGCCUCAUCGUACCCCAGACGGUACCAUCCUCCCAGCCAAAUGUGGCGGGUGCUGGGGAAUCUAUGGAUCUGGGAGAGCUUGUGGGCAUGACCCCUGAGAUCAUUCAGAAGCUUCAAGACAAGGCUACGGUGCUGACCACAGAACGCAAGAAGAGAGGCAAGACAGUUCCAGAGGAGCUGGUGAAGCCAGAGGAGCUCAGCAAGUACCGGCAGGUGGCUUCGCAUGUGGGGCUGCACAGUGCCAGCAUCCCAGGGAUCCUUGCCCUGGACCUCUGUCCUUCGGAUACCAACAAGAUCCUCACUGGUGGGGCUGAUAAAAAUGUCAUUGUCUUUGACAAGACCUCUGAGCAGAUCCUGGCAACACUCAAGGGACACUCUAAGAAGGUUACCAGUGUUGUGUUCCACCCAUCUCAGGACUUGGUGUUCUCAGCUUCUCCUGAUGCAACCAUCCGGAUCUGGUCUGUGCCCAAUGCCUCGUGCGUGCAAGUUGUCCGUGCCCAUGAGGGCUCUGUGACAGGGCUGAGUCUCCAUGCAACAGGUGACUACCUCCUCAGCUCUUCUGAUGACCAGUACUGGGCUUUCUCAGAUAUCCAGACAGGCCGUGUCCUCACCAAGGUGACAGAUGAGAGCUCUGGCUGUGCUCUCACUUGUGCCCAGUUCCACCCAGAUGGGCUCAUUUUUGGAACAGGAACAAUGGACUCCCAGAUCAAGAUCUGGGAUCUGAAGGAACGUACGAAUGUGGCCAACUUCCCAGGGCACUCAGGCCCCAUCACUAGCAUCGCCUUCUCUGAGAACGGCUACUAUCUUGCCACAGCUGCGGAUGACUCCUCUGUCAAGCUCUGGGACUUGCGUAAGCUUAAGAACUUCAAGACAUUGCAGCUGGACAAUAACUUUGAGGUGAAGUCUCUUAUCUUUGACCAGAGUGGCACCUACCUGGCCCUGGGUGGGACGGAUGUUCAGAUAUACAUCUGCAAGCAGUGGACAGAAAUCCUCCACUUCACAGAGCACAGCGGCCUCACCACAGGAGUGGCUUUUGGCCACCAUGCCAAGUUCAUUGCCUCAACGGGCAUGGACCGGAGCCUGAAGUUCUACAGUCUGUAAUCCCAGACAUGGGGUUGAGGGGGUCUCGUGCUGCAGUGUUGGGGUUUGGGAGGGACAGAGGGAGUAGUGGAGUGGAGGGGCUAUGCGGGAGGGAAGGGAGGUAGGUGUGUUUCUUUGUUUCUCUGGGCUUCCCUGCUUUAGCUGUUGGCAGAAGGGAAGUUACCAAGAUGUCACCUUCCCUGUGCUUCAUGGAUUUGUUGUUUUAUUUUUCUCCUUUUCUGGUUUCAUGUUUGUCCUUCUGGCUUUAGAUUCUUUUCUGUGAUUGUAGUUGAGUCAACAAAAGGCUCCAACCCAUUUGCUGGUGGAUGUUUGUGAUUGAGAGACCAUAGUGGGGAUGCGUGUAAGAAGGGAGGGAAGGGGGAGAAAGUGCCGGUUUUGUAAGCAGCUAUCUAGUUUCAUUACGGAAAUAAAGAACUAUUCAGCUUA